CCCUCCAUCCCCAGAUCGCUCUCUCCCUCCACAUUCCUCCCUCUCAGCUCUGUAGCUGCUGUGGUAAUCUGGCAGUGUUCUCAGUAGGCAGCAGCACUUUGGAUCUAAACCCUCCAUCCCCUGGUGGCUCUAAAGACAGUGGAUCUGGACAGAUCAAAACUGUAGGCACAAAGUCCAGGACCCAUGACAACCAGGACCCAUGACAACCAGGACCCAUGACAACCAGGACCUGUGAAAAAACUAUUAAGAAUCCAACUCCCAGAGAAAGACAAGCCAGUCAACUCCUUCUUUAAGGAUGUACUUCUGCUCUGCAUCGCAGUUCUUCACUCCAGAAGGGUCAGUGAAAGGUCAACGUGAUUUGCGAACCAGUGGCUUUUAGGAACAAGGAUCGACGGACAGCCAGAAGGACAGUUAGUCAGACGGACAAAGAGACAGACGGACGGAGAGAAACAGAGAAGGACGCCAGAGACAGAUAAAGGGACAGAGACGGAGAGACAGAGGGCCAGCAUGGUGGUCACAGUGCGGAACGUCUCGUCGUCCACGGCCACGGUAAGCUGGCCCUGGUCGCCUGGCUGUGUGGACACCUUCUACAGCGUCAUGUACCACCCCAACUGGAACAGCCUCCUGAUGGGCUACACCCGCCGCAGCUUCCUGACGGAGGAGCGAAUCCCGGUCAGCCGCACCUCCACCACCAUCACCCACUUGGCUCCCCAGACCACCUACGUGCUGUGUGUGACCUGCCAGGCCGCCAACCCCUCCAGGGAGCAGUGUCAGGUGUUCAGCACCCUGGCCGAGGGCGGCGAGGGCCCGGAGGGGUCUCGCUGGGAGCUGGCCGCGGGGUUCUGGAUGGUCAGCAGCAUUCUGUUACUGGUCAUUGCCGGGGUGCUGCUCUGGGGGUGUCUCCACUCAGUCUGCCCCCUCCUGGGGCCGGCGGGGUGCUCCAGGGGGAGCUGCACCACGUCUACCACCCUCUGCCUGCCCCGCCCCCAACCCCACCCACAUCACCGCCGGCCCCACCCACAGCCCCAGCCCCUGACCAAUGGGAGAGGCACCAGUCCUGGGUUCUGUCCCUAUGACCCCAGCUGCAGCAGCAGUCAGGAGGACUCCAACUCCCUGCAUGCAUCAGGGACAGAGAACUACUGUCCUCCAGCACAUUGCAGGGCGGAGGGGCCUCCAGAACUGGACCAAUGACCGCUCACGAGACCGACCCACACUGGGUCCCAAACCAAAACUGUUUUGAGUCAGGUUUAGUACACUGACUCCAUCUGCUAAACAAAAGGACCGGAUAGACUGUUUGACUGAGGUUCUGUACGCGGACUCUGCAAAAAAUAUAAAUAUAAAAGCGGUUGUGGCGGAGCGGUUUAAGUCACUGCCUUGACUUAAGCACACCGACGACACCAAGGGGUCCAGCAAGGGGCGCCAACAUUUGUCUCAACACUGCCUGGGGUGGACGAGGGGAAAUCGGACAGGGCUGUCUUGUCACUCGUCACGUUGCGCUCUAGUGACUCCUUGUGGCAGGACAGGCAUCUCAACAAUGGUAUUAAAGCUGGGGAGCGUGUUACCCUCAAGCGCGAGUGUACACUCCCUAUUGGAGCUGUGUGAUGAGAAUCAGAACAGUUUGGCAAGACUGUCCCUUACUUACAUACUGUUGAGUUGUUGCAACGAGGCAAGCCAAUAAUAGGAAUUGGAAAAACUAUUCUCUAGAAAAAGGUUUCUGGUGACCAGCUGGUGAUUUUGGUUUAAAUAUUUUAAGUCAAUUGAAAGUGUCCAUCUCUGUGAUUAAGACAAGUAAACAUUAUUAUAAUUCCUUAAUUUUAAUUGUCUACAAUCGACUACCUUCUGAGCCGUUUAUGCAUUUUGCUUUUAGUACACACCCUGUACAUGUUCAAGUUUUAAUACUAUUAGAAGUUUCCAUGCAAUCUCUGCAAUUUUAUUUUUAAAUCAUACAUAUUUUCUUAACAUAACCUUAAAAAGAGAGCACCUGUAAAUAUGUACAUCCUCCUUUAUGUAAGUGUUUAAAGAUGUCUUGGGAGUUGAUAACAUGUAGUUUAUUGCAUUCUAUAUACAAGGUGUCUUUGAGCAAUACAUUUGCAUAUUGACUGAUCACAGGUUGUGAUCCAAUCCCUUAUUUUGAUGUUUCAAGGAAAUCAUUAGAAUUCAAUGAAAAGCGCUAUAGAGGUGUAAUAAAUUAUGAUUAUCAUCACA